AAUUAAAUUGUUUUUUUUUAAAGAUUUUAUAGAUCGUUCUUAAAACACACCCAUCAUCUACCCACAUGGUCUCUUCAAUCCCCCAUCUAUUUUGUUUAUGUUUUUAGGGUUUUAUAAAAAGUUGAAUAAAUUUCAAGAUCACAAAAAAAUGUGUUUAAUUUAUGAUUAAGUGCCAUAUUAUUCUGGGUUUUCUAGGGUUUUCUAGGAAAAUUGGUAGCUGUAUUGUGUGGGUGCAUUUAAAGAUUUUGUGUGCAGGUAUGUGUAUAUAUUUAGAUACAGAGAAGUGCUAGGGAUGCAGAUGGAGAAAGAAUUAGAGUCAAAGCUGAGUAUUCAGAGCAACAAUCCACCAAAUAGAUCUAAAAGCUUUGCAUUUAGGGCCCCACAAGAAAAUUUUUCCAUCCACGAUUUUGAGUUGGGCAAGAUCUAUGGAGUUGGUUCUUAUUCCAAGGUUGUUCGAGCAAAAAAGAAAGACACGGGCAUUGUCUAUGCAUUAAAGAUCAUGGAUAAAAAGUUUAUCACUAAGGAAAAUAAAACAGCAUAUGUGAAACUAGAACGGAUAGUACUUGAUCAGCUGGAUCAUCCUGGCAUUAUUCGGUUGUAUUUCACAUUUCAAGAUACAUUUUCUCUAUACAUGGCGCUCGAGUCUUGUGAGGGUGGAGAACUCUUUGAUCAGAUAACUAGGAAAGGUCGUUUGUCAGAAGAUGAAGCUCGUUUCUAUGCUGCUGAAGUAGUAGAAGCUCUUGAGUACAUACAUAAGUUGGGAUUGUUACAUCGUGAUAUUAAGCCGGAGAACCUAUUACUCACAUCCGAUGGCCAUAUAAAAAUUGCGGACUUUGGUAGCGUAAAGCCUAUGCAGGAUAGCCUAAUAACCGUCCUUCCAAAUGCAGCAUCAGACGAUAAAGCUUGCACCUUUGUUGGGACAGCAGCUUAUGUCCCUCCAGAAGUAUUAAAUUCGUCCCCUGCUACUGUUGGAAAUGACCUGUGGGCACUUGGCUGCACCUUGUACCAAAUGCUUUCAGGAACAUCACCCUUUAAAGAUGCUAGUGAAUGGCUCAUUUUCCAGAGAAUUAUCGCUAGAGAUGUCAAAUUUCCGGACUACUUUUCUGAUGCAUCUAGAGAUUUAAUUGAUCAGUUAUUGGAUAUCGAACCGAGUAGAAGGCCAGGUGCAGGACCUGAUGGAUAUGAUUCACUCAAGAAGCAUCCUUUCUUUAAUGGAAUUGUCUGGGAAAAUUUAAGGAUGCAAACUCCUCCUAAACUUGCUUUGAAGCAAAAGGUUCAUUACAGUGGAGGGAAUGAUGCUCAGGAUUCUUCAUGGAACCCAUCACAUGUUGGUGAUAGUUCAGGAAAGCAAACCGAGGAAAAUUAUGUCCCCGUGGCUUCUAUAACUAGAAUUGCUUCUAUUGAUUCUUUCGAUUCAAAAUGGCAGCAAUUUUUGGAGCCUGAUGAAGUUGUUAUCAUGAUCUCUAUGGUGAAGAAACUACAAAAACUAACAAACAAGAAAGUCCAGCUCAUCCUCACGAACAAGCCCAAGUUAAUAUACGUGGAUCCAACAAAGUUAGUGGUUAAAGGGAAUAUAGUGUGGUCGGACAACCCUAAAGAAAUGACUGUCCAAGUAUCAACCCCUUCAACUUUCAAGAUCUUGACUCCGAAAAAGGUGAUGUCAUUUGAAGAUCCUAAACACAGAGCUAUUCAGUGGAAAAAGGCAAUUGAGGCUCUUCAAAAUCGGUGAAGCCUGUUCAUGUUUUUUUUGGUUACACAUUCUUUCAUGUAACAAUAUUGUAGAGAGGAACAUGGAGAUGAUCCUGAUGUAACUGGAAUCUCACAAGGAAAUUUUUAUUACGAAAUUGAAAAUGAUUCAAUUAACUGGUACUGUUUUAGAUCUCA